AUGCAACAUCUUCAAUCCGUAGAAGCGUCUGAACAUGGUGAUGACCAUGUCUUGCCUACUGUGACAGAAAAUACUGAAUCAAAAGAUUCUGCUACUAUUGAACAUGAUGAUGAGCAACCAACACCGAGCCAAGUAGACGCAUCUCCACUCAACAAGGUGAAUGAAACAGACCAAGUGGACCCAUCGGUGAUUGAAAAAAGCGCAGCUGAACCAACCAAAGCGAGUGAGGAGCAUUCAGAAACGAUUGGUUUGGAUACAGUAUCUCCACUCGACGAAAAAAUUACCUUGUCAGAGGAACAGCUUGUGGAAAGUUCAUCAAAUACUGCUCAAGAUUUGCCAGAUUCGAAUAGAAUACCAUCGAGUCCGUCCAAUGAAAUGACAGAUGAUUUAACAGGAGAGUUGACUUCAGUCAAGAAUGUAGUGCCAGAAAGUGUUUCCACUGUAAAUGAAUUGGAUAAUAAUCCAAAGCAAGAACAACCACAGUUAGAAUCCUAUGGUUUACAAACGUCAUUGGAUGCAAACUCAACAGAACCAAUGGAUGAAAAAGUUCAAAACAUCGAGGAAGAUAGUGAACCAUCCAUGCACAUGGUUUGUGCUGAAACGAAUAACGAUGCUACUCUGCAAGCAACCGAAGAAGUAUCAAAAUCCAAUGACGAUUUUAACUCUUCCUCUCCACCUGUAAAACAAGAGGAUAUCACCUCAGAACAAACCUUGAAUUCAUCGAUCGAUGAAGAAACAAAUGAAAUUACCAUUGAGCGUCACGAUGACAAGCUGCACAAUGAAGAAGCUCCCAUGAAAAAUACCAAUCAAAAUGAAUGGAACACUGUGAAUGAUUCAGUUCAAACUUGUGACUUGAUAGAGACAGAUUGUGCGAACGAUACUUCUCAAGAUCCAAGCUAUGAUUCUAAGAACCCUACGACUUUUACUAGUCCAAACAAAGCAACAACGUCAGGCAAAGGCCAGGAUUCCGUGCGUUCUUCCCCUCCAAAAUCUUCUAAAAACAAAACUAAAAAAAAGAGCAGUAUCAAGCUUGAUGUUUCAGAAUGGGCAAAGAAUGGGAAAGAAGGAGUUACGCACUGUAUUGGCUCGAAUGUAGAAAGAACAAAGUAA